CCCCCUCGGGCCGUGUCCCGCUGCUCCGUUCCCGAGAGGCGAAACGGAGCGAACGGCCCCACUGCGGCGCCCGGAGGGCUGAGCGCUCGGAGCGGCUCCCGAGUCUCGUGAAAGCGGUGCCGGGCGGAGCUCCGCCCGCUGCUCCGUGCCUCGGCUCAGGCUAGGAGGCGGUUCCCGUCGGAGCCCCGCCGGGAGCGGCCUGCCGCGCUGCGCGGAGCAGAAAUGCCUCAUCCGGAGCGCUGCCGCCCCCGCGCGGGCAUCGCGCCGUGCUGCUGCGCGUCCGUCCGUUGGCGCAACUUCCGGAGUUCGUAGCGGAGCACAGAACGCUGUGUAGAAACACGGAGGAGGACAGGAAUGAUUCUUUACUUCACACCUGGCGUUAUUUUCCACUCUUGGCUCUUCUGGCCCUGCAGGUGCUCUUCGGAGCAGCGCCGUGUGGAGCAGAGCCGUGCGAGCUGCAGCUCUGUGAUGAGGUUUCCAAAACUGGAGGGUGAAUUUUCCCAGCAUCAGUGACCGAGGCAGCUUUCAAGCUUGGGAUGGAGCUGGCGAGCAGGCAGGAUCCUUAUUUGCGAGUGGUUGUGCACACUGCAGUGUGCUGCAGAGCCCUGACACUCCUGCUACAGGCCGUGUUUGACCUGCUGAUCCCAGAUCACACAGCAGAUGCCUUCUCCCCGCCUCGUCUGCCCGAGCCUGGCACAUACGACCUGCUACUGGAGCAGCUGCUGGGGGGCCUGGCACACUGGGACGCAGAGCAUUUCCUCUUCAUCGCAGAGCGGGGUUACCUGUAUGAGCACAACUGCGCCUUCUUCCCGCUUUACCCUCUCAGCUUGCGAGCUGUGGCCGAUGGCGCUCUGUGGCCCCUGCGGCAGCUGCUGUGUUUGAGGAGCCGCCUGCUGCUGUCAGCCGUCCUCCUGAAUUCUCUCUUUUCUGUGCUGGCAGCCGCUGCCCUGUACAAGCUGGGCUGUGCCGUGCUGCGGUGCCGCAGGACAGCCUUUCUUGCUGCCCUUCUCUUUUGUAUCAGCCCUGCCAAUGUGUUCAUGGCAGCUGCUUACUCGGAGAGCAUGUUUGCCUUCCUGGCCUUCAGUGCCAUGUGGCAACUGGAGAAGGGGCAGAGCUGGCUCAGCAUGCUGCUCUUCUCCCUUGCCACUGGCGUGCGUGCUAAUGGGCUUGUGAAUGCUGGUUUCUUUCUCUACUCCCGCAGUAAAUCCUUUGCCCUCCAGCUCCAGGUGGGUUCAGGCUCGGUAAGGAAGCUCUUUCUGUUAUGGAGGCAGUUCCUCAGUGUGGCAUCUUCCAUGCUUCUGACAUGUGCUGGGAUUUGUCUGCCUUUUGCUUUGUUUCAGUAUUACGCCUACAUGAGGUUCUGUAGCCCUGGCCUGAAGCUGGCUGUUCCUGAGCCGCUGCGGCAGCUGGCUUUGGACAAAGGCUAUCGUCUGGUGUCCCCCCAUGGGGUUAAACCCCCUUGGUGCUCCCAGCGAUUCCCUGUGGUCUAUUCUUACAUUCAAGAUGUGUAUUGGAAUGUGGGCUUUCUGAGGUAUUUUGAGCUCAGACAAGUACCAAAUUUUUUGCUUGCUUUGCCUGUCUUGCUUUUGGGCUCGUGUGCUGCCUGGACCUUCAUUGUUGCAAACCCACGGCACUGCCUGACCCUGGGACUAGAGAGAAGAAAGAAGAAACGAGAGGGUAAACCCAGAGCUGGGUUUUGCUGCCCUGCUGUCUUCGUGUAUGUGGUCCAUGCUACAGCCCUGCUGACGCUGGGGUUCUUCUACAUGCAUGUUCAGGUGCUGACCCGGUUCCUCGGCUCCUCCAGCCCCGUUCUGUACUGGUUCUCCGCCCACCUGCUCCAAGGACACGAGGCCUGGCUCUGGGAGGAGGAGGCCGGCGGGCAAAGCGCGGUGCGCGUCCGCGAGAGGCGCGUGCUGGGUGCAGCGCCCGGCUCCUGCGGGAAGGGCUCUGCGGGGGGACACCCCCUGCUCAGGCUGCUGCUGAGCUACCGCUCCAUGACCGCCAUAGGGCGGUGCCUCCUGGGGUUCUUCGCGUCCUAUUGGCUGCUGGGGCUGGUGCUGCACUGCAACCGCUUGCCUUGGACGUAGCGAGCGGCUGUGGCCGCGACGGACAGCUAGGUGACGGGAGGAGGAGUCCGAACUGAACGUUUUCUAAAGAACCGGACACGUCCCGAGGCCGUCGUCCACGACGAGGUGCUGUCGGACGGCGCCGUCCCACGUCGGGUGCCCGAGCGCGACCCGCGCUGCCGGCAGCGCCCGCAGCUCUGCCCGGGCCGGGCCCGCCCUGCUCUUCCGUCGUCUCGGCGCGGCCGGCAGGGGGCGCUGCAGUCGGGCGGCGGGGCGGGGCGCUGCGGGCUCCGAGCGACGCCGCGAAGCACCGCGAGUAGCGGCGCACCCGCCGCUCCGGAGCGCCCCGGCGGCGAUUCGCGCUGUUCCUCGACCACGUCUGCUUCUCGUGCAGCGGCGUCUCGGCCCCGUCCCGGCCCCUUAGUCGGCUGUCCCCGCCCUCGCAGACGCCUUGGAUGCCCGCGCUUCCCGCCCGCCCCGUGGAAAAGCGGUCGCCGGCGAGCUCGUGGCGAAGCUCCGGUACUGCUACGGCUGCGGAGCGCCCCGUCCCGAGCGGAGCUCUCACUGCGGCGGCCGCGUCGAUGAGUCGCGAACGUGGCACUGUGCGUCCCGUGGGCGUAGCGCUGUUGGGUGCUGCGUUUAUGUUCACAGCGCGACGGCGAUGCGGCAGCUUGAUGCGGAGCCUGGGAGCCCUCGGGCUGCUCGGCUGAGCUAAGAAAACGGUGUGGGGCCAAAGCCGGCGAUUUCAGUGUGGAAUUAGAACUCUGCGUUCCUUCUUGUUGCUGGUCUCAUCCUGCUAGCAGGGGGAAAGAAAAGGCAACGUCCCAAGCUGAAAAGGCUUUUGUAAAGCACAGAAGUGCACUGUGCAGCUCACACUGCAGCCGUGCUCAUUUUUCUGGGCAUUCCUAUUUUCUUAUCAUAGAGCCAUGGAAUGGUUUGGGUUGGGAGGGACCUUUAAGAUCCUCUAUUUCCACCCCCUGCUGCAGGCAGGGACACCUGCUACAGACCAGGUUGCUCACAGCCCCAUUCAGCCUGGCCGUGAAUGCCUUCAUGGAGGGAACAUCUUCAGCCUGUUCCAGUGGCUCACCACCCUCACAGUAAAGAAUUAUUCUCUAAUGUCUAAUCUAAAUAUGUACUCUUUAAAGAGACUUUAAGGCUGUUUUCCCUCAUUCUGUUGCUACGUGCUCUAAUAAAAAGUCCCUCACCAGCUUUCCUGCAAGGUACUGGAAGGCUGCUAUAAGAUCCUCCUGGAGCCUUCUCCAGGCUGCAGAGCCCCAGCUCUCUAGGCCUGUCCCUUUAGGGGAGGUGUUCCAGCCCUCUGGUUCCCCUCAAGGCCCUCCUCUGGACUCACUCCAAUAGCUCCAUGUCCUUCUUGUGUUGGGGGCCUCAGAACUGGAUGCAGUACUCGGGAUGGGGUCUCACAGGAGCAGGGUAGAGGGGUAGAACCACCUUCUUUUCUCUCAACGCACACCUCCAAAUCCUUCUCCUCAGGGCUGUUUCUUAUGCCAGGAGAAAGCCAUCUUUGUUCAGUACAUUGAAAGCAAACCCUUCAGCAGCUCAGGGAGUAAGAGCUGAGAGAUGCCUGGCAGUGGAGGAAAGCUGUGUGUGGUCGAGGAUUGUGGGGCUUGUGUUGCUCCAUUUUGAAUCUAUUCAAUUAGUUCUUAAUUGUUUUGAGCAGUUUGAAAAAGUUGGGUAUACUUGGUGCACAUGUAUGAAGUGAGAUUGAAUAACAGGUUAAGUGACAGCUUAAAUAUUCGUCUUUUUGGUUUGGACCCCAUCCCUGCUCUAUAACACAGGCAUCACUUGAAGUUCUGAGUGGUGUAGGCAUGUGGAGAGCUGUUAGUGCAGAGGUGAUCUGCACAUGUCCUUCCUCCUGCUCAUCUUUGGCUCUUGUCCAGCCUGUGGGCACUCGGAGAUUGACCCUCUAGUAAAAAGGACCCUCUGUCCUCUACUCAGUACCCACUUGUGAGAGGAUGGGGUGAGCUGAAAGGUGUUCGUCCCUUGAGCCGUUCCUGUCUGGAUCUGCUGCCCAGUGGGUAUUCUGUUGGUGUAGGCGCUGAUGUUUUUGGUCGGAGUUUUGAAGCACAGCAGGUGAAGCAGAGCGGAUGGCAGUUGAGGUUUGCAGGAGUGUGGGCCCUUGGCAGCGUGCCUUUGGUGAGCUGCGUUGGCUCAGAGACUGCACAGCUCUGCUCUGAUGUGGUUUGUCAGCAAGAACAAACUUUGGAGAUCAUAGAUUAGCACUUUAUGUUUGGAGAGAGUGAGAACUAGAUGGGUUUUUUUUCAGCUUAAACUUUGUUCCCCAACUCCAACCUUUCUGGUUCCCGCUGGGGAAGCAGUGUGAAGGAGGUGAAGCCCUAAGCAGAAAGGCAGCAGUGCCUGGAGCUCUCCAUCAGAUCUGUGCCAAUCUCAGCAGCUUUGGAGGUGUCUCUGUGCACCUGGAGGAUGUGGUACAGAGCUCCAAGCCUGGUGUCAAUGGGACACCAUGUGCAGUGGUGGUUCCCCUUGUCACGGAAAAGAAACCUUGCUGUUUCCCGCAUAGAUUAAUGGGUGCCCUUGAGCUGGUUGUGCCAGGACUUGCAGCCCUAUCCCUGAGAUGGAUGAACUCUCCUGCCCCUCCUUUGGGUACCAGCUUGUGUCAUGUCUGGCACAAUUAAGAGGGAUAUCAAAGUUGGAGGGUGUCCUUUAGAAAGGUUUAAAAAAGUAACUCCGUGCUUUGAUGUUCAGCAUCAUGAGAAAAUGACUCGGUGGGUGGAAAACAGCAUUAUACUCUCUGCUUCUCUCCUCCCAUGUGCAGGAAUCACACUUCUCAGAAGCACAGCACUGCAGGAUAACACAUCACUGACAAUAAGGUGAGUCUCUUUCUUUAUUGCUGAUCAGUUUCUCUGUGUGUUGCAGGACUCGUCUGGUGCUGGCAAUCCAGUGUGCAGCGGGAAGCAUCCUGCAUCCUUCCAUCAAACAUUCAGGCAUGGUGGGACCCAGGAGGUUAUCCCAGGCAGCCAAACUACAAUGCUCUGUCC